GCAACCGUUCCUCUCCGUGGUGCUGAACGUUCUCCUAACCGCUACCUGCCUCACUGUAGAUCGUCACGAAAGAUAAGGGAGAGUGGAGCUUCCUCCACUGGAAAAUAGCCAUACAAUUUAGACUUUUCCGCAUAAUCAUCGACGUUGUUUCUCUCAUGAUCUUAUCAUAUUAUGGACACAUUUCAAACGUUAUCAAGAGGGUMAUUUUUUUAUUUUUUUUAUUUUAGCAAUUGACUGGGAUCUGUAGCCUACAAGAUGGCACUGAAUGGAUGUACAUUGCAUAAGGCAAAGGAAGAUUUAUCAGACUGUUUUGUGACUGUGAAACCAUACCAUAUCAGAUUGGUCGCCUAAUUCUGCAAUAUAAUCGUUUUUUUCUCAGCUCAUUCAAUACACCUGGCGUUGGAUGUCUAAACCUCGAUUUUCUUCCGAGAAAGAGGCACAUAAUUCGGAUUCACAUUUUACCGAAUAUGUUUAGCAAUAUUCUAUAUUUGAAUUAUUUAUCGUAAUAUAAAAGAAAUCGAGCAGAAAUCAAGAAAAAUUUGGAAUCAUGGAAUCCGAUCCCGAACCCGUUAAGCAUCGGGCUUUCCCGCCCAGUAAAGAAGGGCUGAAGAAUUUGGCAGGAAAGACCUUCGGCCAUCUGUACAGGGUGGUGGAGAAACGUCAGAAGACAGGUGAGGUGAUCGAGUUAACGGAGGACGGACGGCCCUCCGAGCAGCAGGAGAAGAAACCGCCUUUAUGUGACUGCACGUGCUUCGGCCUCCCGCGCCGUUACAUCAUCGCCAUCAUGAGCGGCCUCGGAUUCUGCAUCUCCUUCGGCAUCCGGUGUAACCUGGGCGUGGCUAUCGUGGGCAUGGUCAAUAACAGUACCAUACACAAGGACGGCAAGAUCAUCAUCACAGAGAAAGCGAAGUUCAACUGGGAUCCAGAGACGGUGGGGAUGAUCCACGGUUCAUUCUUCUGGGGCUACAUCGUCACACAAAUACCCGGAGGGUGGAUAUGCUCACGACUAGCAGCAAACAGAGUGUUUGGGCUAGCCAUCUUCCUCACGUCCACCCUCAACAUGCUCAUCCCCUCCGCUGCCCGGGUGGACUAUCGCUGCGUCAUGUGUGUCCGGAUACUACAAGGUCUGGUGGAGGGAGUGACCUACCCAGCCUGUCAUGGCAUCUGGAGUAAGUGGGCCCCACCACUGGAGAGGAGCCGUCUGGCCACCACCUCAUUCUGUGGAUCCUAUGCUGGUGCCGUGAUAGCCAUGCCUCUGGCUGGGAUCCUGGUCCAGUACUCUGGCUGGUCCUCCGUCUUCUAUCUGUACGGCUGCUUUGGGAUGUUCUGGUACAUGUUCUGGAUCCUGGUGUCCUAUGAGAGCCCAGAGGUUCACCCCACCAUCACCGCCGAGGAGAGACGUUACAUCGAGGAGAGCAUCGGAGAGGGUCAAGAACUAUUCGGUCCUGCUAGCAAAUACAAGACUCCGUGGAGGAAGUUCUUCACCUCAAUGCCCGUCUAUGCUAUCAUCGUGGCCAACUUCUGCAGGAGCUGGACGUUCUAUCUGCUCCUCAUCAGCCAGCCGGCCUACUUCGAGGAYGUGUUCGGCUUCGAGAUCAGCAAGGUGGGCAUGGUGUCGGCCCUGCCUCACUUGGUGAUGACCAUCAUCGUGCCCAURGGAGGACAGCUGGCUGACUGGCUACGCACCAGAAACAUCCUGUCUACUACCACCGUCAGGAAGAUCAUGAACUGUGGAGGGUUUGGAAUGGAGGCCACCUUGCUUCUCGUGGUUGGUUUCUCUCACACCAAGGGUGUGGCCAUCUCUUUCCUGGUCAUGGCUGUGGGCUUCAGUGGCUUCGCUAUAUCGGGUUUCAAUGUGAACCACCUGGAUAUCGCCCCUCGCUAUGCCAGUAUCCUGAUGGGUAUAUCUAACGGCGUGGGAACCCUGUCAGGGAUGGUGUGCCCACUCAUCGUGGGGGCCAUGACCAAAAACAAGACUCGAGAGGAGUGGCAGUGGGUGUUCCUCAUCGCCGCCCUGGUUCACUACGGAGGGGUCAUCUUCUACGGGAUCUUUGCGUCGGGCGAGAAGCAGCCAUGGGCCGACCCGGAGCUGACCAGCGACGAGAAGUGUGGCUUCAUCGACGAGGACGAGCUGGCAGAGGAGACGGGUGACAUCACACAGGGCUAUAGUGGUGGCAUGGCGGCAGUAGGCGCAGGGAAGAGUUACGGGGCCACUACAACUGGGCUCAACGGGGGCUGGGUGGCCCCAGACAGCUGGGAGAAUGUAGAGGAGGAACCAGCUGGACAGACCUGGGCAGAUUGAGACUACUCAUAGAACGUAGUAUGUAUCGAGUGUAUCAGAGCAGAAGUGCUGAUUUUGGAUCAUUUUUUUGCCUUUUAUAUCAUAAUGAAUAAUAUUAGGUGGCUGAUCCUAGAUCAGAUAUCCGACUCUGAGAUGCUUGAUACAUACGGCCCCAGAUAUAAUCAUGUUAUGGCAGCGGUGGGGGUGUUCUAGCCUGGUUUCUGAUCUGUUUGUGCUGUCUUGCCAACGCCUACAAUGACCAUAGACCACUCCUACAAUGACCAUGGCACAGAUCUGGGACCAGGCUAGGGUAGUUCACCCACUAAAAGAGAGAGAGAGAGAGAGAGAGAGAGAGAGAGAGAGAGAGAGAGAGCGAGAGAGAGAAAUGCCAUUGUGGUUUGCACAAAUUAGCAUAAAAAAAAUGUGAUACUGUAUGUAAAAUAUUUAGGUAUAUUGAGGAAAAAAUGUAAAAUAAUAGAAUCACGCGUUGGUUCCUCACAAGCAGGUUAAAAUAUCAGUGUAAAAUAUAUUUCUAGUUCAUCGCAAUGCAGCUCAAUCUGUAAUAGAGUGUGAUUAUAAUCCCCAUGUCGCCCAUCUAGAGCCUUCGAUCCUAGCAGUUUAAGGGCAACGGUAGGCCUAGUUAUUAUACCUUCAAGGCUCCCUAAGCUCAUUAAAAAAAGUACUUGAAACAACAAACGAGCCAGAUAUUGUGAACGUCAUAAAACCCUCGUCUGAAAUAUCACUUUCUGAUUGCACUGAGUAAGUAUUCAAAAAAKAUWACUUAAAAAAAUAAAUAACUAGAUAUUAUUAUAUUUCUUAUCAAUGGCGUUUUAUGUACUUUAUAUAUACUGUUUCUGUGAGACUAUUGUGGAUUUGGGUCGUCGAUCUGUGUGACAAAUUGAUGUAAAAAGGCCAUAUUUUUCACGGACAUAAUCUUUUCAGGGAGUUGUAUGAUCCGCUUACAAAACAAAGUCUUGUUCUUGAGCAAGGCCUAAACAACGAAGGAAAAGACUUAAACUAGUGUGUGUGUGUGUGUGUGUGUGUGUGUGUGUGUGCGUGCGUGCGUGAAGUAUAAACCUCAGUGUAAUAUUUAUGUGCGUUGUUGCAUGAAUUUGCUCCAAUAGAUGUUUCUGAAACAGCUUUUUCAUAGCCACCGAUAGUCCUCAUCCCUUGAACUGCUUUAUUUUGAAAUAAUAUGUCAGUGAUAACAUGGACUUUAAUGUUCAUAUUAUGGUAUCCAUGAGAGAUUUAA